CGGUCAUCUCUCGGGCCAAGUAUGCAUCAUUCAUUUUUUUGCAUGAUCUCUGUUUGAAAAGCAGAAGCAGAAUUGAUAAAUGAAAGUUAACAGCCGGGAGUGUUUUAUCAAAUGAUAAACCUGCGUCCCAACAUUCCAAUUUCCCCUUCGAUCAAGUUUUUAGCGACCCCGCCACCUCCACGGGCCUCCGGCGGCGAGUCCGUAGCAAUGGCCAGCUUAGUCCGAGUUGCCGCCGCUCAAAUGACAUCUGUUAAUGACCUCGCCACUAACUUCGCUACUUGCUCGCGUCUAGUAAAGGAUGCUGCUUCAGCUGGUGCAAAAUUGCUCUGUCUUCCUGAAAAUUUCUCUUAUGUGGGUGUCGAACAAGGGGACAGUCUUAAAAUUGUUGAGCCACUGGAUGGACCUAUUGUGAGAGGAUACUGUUCUCUUGCAAGAGAGUCGAGCAUUUGGCUGUCACUUGGAGGAUUCCAAGAAAAGGGGAGUGAGGAUGCACACUUGCGUAAUACUCACAUACUAAUUGAUGAUGCUGGAAAUAUUAGAAGUACAUACAGCAAGAUGCAUUUGUUUGAUGUGGAUGUUCCUGGAGGCGCGGUUUACAAGGAAAGUAGCUUCACAGAACCAGGAAAGGACAUUGCUGUGGUCGACAGUCCCUUUGGGCGAAUAGGACUGACAGUAUGCUAUGAUUUGAGAUUUCCUCAGCUCUAUCAGCAUCUACGGUUUCUCCAUGAUGCACAGGUUUUACUUGUGCCUGCUGCUUUCACAACUGCAACUGGUCAGGCACACUGGGAAAUUCUUCUCCGUGCUCGGGCGAUCGAGACACAAUGCUAUGUCAUAGCUGCUGCUCAAGCAGGAAAACAUAAUGAAAAAAGAGAGAGUUAUGGUGACUCUUUAAUAAUAGAUCCAUGGGGAACAAUAAUUGGGAGAUUGCCAGAUCGUUCUUCAACAGGAAUCUGUGUUGCAGAUAUUGACUUAUCAAUGAUUGGUGCGGUUCGCACAAGGAUGCCUUUAUCUCUGCACCGCAAGCCUGAUGAUUUCUGGAAAUAGGCUUCUUCUUUUUUACCAAGGCCCUCUUUGUUGUUUCAAUGUGUGUGCCUCUAAUUCAUAUUUUGUGUUAAAUUUGGUGCAUUAUUAAUUAGAAAUUCCUCUAAAUAGGAGCAAAAACGUUUUGAAAUUCCAAAAUAGGAGUAUCAUGUUUUUUAUUCCCUAUAUAGGAGUAAUAUGCCAAGUUUGAAAAAAAAUGUCAUGUUUUAAAGCCUAGUAAUGCCAAACUUGGCAGAAAUUUACUCAUAUUCAAGGAAUAAAAAACAUGAUACUCAUGCGAUAAAAAAAAUAUGAUACUCCAAUUUUGGAAUUUCAAUUUUUUUUUUCCUCCUAUUUAGGAAAUUCUCUCAUACUAUCAUUGUUAUAUGAAUUUUUUCCUCGAGCUUAUCCACUCAUUUGUAUUUGUAAUAAUAGUAAUAAGUAAUAGUAAUAAUAACCUCUCAUCACCUGCUGUCUAAAGAGUUCUCUUUUCUAUAUUAGAUAUUUCACUUUUCGUGGACUGGACAUUAGAGGCCGUUUGGUACGUCCAAAUGGGGUGAAAAGUGUGAAAUAAGGCAAAUUUCACUGGUGUACAGAUAUAGUUUUAUCAAAAUGAAAGUCGUGCCCGGGAAUGCUUGGUAUUCACUUGUACUAUUAUGAAAUGAGAGUGUGAUCUUCAUGAAUAAUGAUCAAAUUGGACAUUAUAAUUACGUUUGAAUAUGAUACGUGCUAUUUGAUAUUAGGUUUCAAAUGAA